AUGGCCGACGAGAUGCAAAUCAACCCCCAACGCGCCAAAAUACUCGCGGAGAACCUAGCAAGCAUAAUAUCACGCAUCAAUGCAGCGAACAAGUCCGGAAAGCAGGUCCGCCUCAUAGCCGUCUCCAAGCUCAAGCCCGCAACCGACAUCCUCGCCCUCCACCAGCUCCCGCAACCUCUGCACACGCACUUCGGCGAAAACUACGUCCAAGAGCUCGUCGAGAAAUCGAAGCUCCUCCCGCGCUCGAUCCGAUGGCACUUCAUCGGCGGCCUGCAGUCGAAUAAAUGCAAGCAGCUCGCCGAGCAGAUACCGAACCUCUGGUGCGUGAGCAGCGUCGACAGCACCAAGAAAGCGGACGGCCUGGAAAAGGGGCGAAAAGUACUCAUACAAGCAAAUCCGGACGUCGGGCCGCUACGCGUAAUGGUGCAAGUCAACACCAGCGGGGAGGAGGCCAAGUCGGGCGUUGAGCCUGCGGAUGCGCUGGCCCUCUGCAAGUACAUUGUGGAAAAGUGUCCGAGUUUGCAGCUCACGGGGCUGAUGACGAUUGGGGCGAUUGCGAGGAGUCGGGCGACGACGCCGGAGAAUGAGAAUGAGGACUUUAUGUGUCUUCGGGAGGCGAGGGAUAAGGUUGCGGAGGGGUUAGGGUGGGAGACAGAGAGGCUGGAGUUGAGUAUGGGGAUGAGUGCGGAUUUUGAGGGGGCGAUUGCAAUGGGGAGUGAUGAGGUUAGGGUGGGGAGUGAUAUCUUUGGGGAGAGGCCGGCGAAGAAGGAUGCUGUGGUUGUGGAGAAGGGGUGA